CCGUUCCCGGAGCGACGAUUCCAAAGGGAUCGCCUUUGGAAAAAAGGGGAAAAAAAGGGGAAAAAAAAGGGGGAAAAAAGGGAGCAUGGGAUGGCUCAGCCGCCUCCUGAGGAAGGGAUGUUCCUCGCCUGACGCGCCCCAGGCUCUCGUGAGGAUGUCCGCGCUCCCCGAGCCGCCGGGACGGCCCCGCAGCUGCUCCUCCCGCAGCCUCCCCGGCACCCUGGAGGCCACGGACACCCCGGAGCCCCGGGACCACCCCCAGGAUCCCCGGGAUCACCACCGGGACCACCCCCAGGAUCCCCGGGAUCACCACCGGGACCACCCCCAGGAUCCCCGGGAUCACCACCGGGAUCACCCCCAGGAUCCCCGGGAUCACCACCGGGACCACCCCCAGGAUCCCCGGGAUCACCACCGGGAUCACCCCCGGGAGGAGGAGGAGGAGGAGGAGGAGGAGGAGGAGACGCGCAUCCUCAAGGUUUGCUUCUACAGCAACAGCUGCAACCUGGGCAAGAACUUCAAGCUGGUCAAGUGCUCCGUGGCCACCGAGAUUCGGGAGGUGAUCCGCUCGAUCCUGCAGAGCGGGCGCAUCGGGCCGGACGUCCGUCUGUCCGAGUGCUACGGGCUGCGCCUCAAGCACGUCAAGUCCAGCGAGCUGCACUGGCUGCACCCGCUGCUCACCGUGGGCCAGGCGCAGCAGAAGUACGAGAGCCUGCACCUGGAGGCCGAGUGGAGGUACGACCUGCAGAUCCGGUACCUGCCCGAGGAUUUCAUGGAGAGCUUCAGGGAGGACCGGACCACGCUGCUCUACUUCUACCAGCAGCUCCGCAGCGAGUACAUGCAGAGCUACGCCAGCAAGGUCAGCGAGGGCAUGGCGCUGCAGCUGGGCUGCCUCGAGCUCAGGAGGUUCUACAAGGACAUGCCCCAGAACGCGCUGGACAAGAAAUCCAACUUCGAGUUCCUGGAGAAGGAGGUGGGGCUGGACCUCUUCUUCCCCAGCCAGAUGCUGGAGAACCUCAAGCCACGGCAGCUGCGGAAGAUGAUCCAGCAGACGUUCCAGCAGUAUGCGCUGCUGCGGGAGGAGGAGUGCAUCCUGAAAUUCCUGCACACCCUGAGCACCUUUGCCCCCAUUGACCAGGAGAACUUCCGAUGCCAGCUCGUCCAAGGAUGGAACAUCACCGUGGACCUGGUGAUCGGCCCCAAGGGCAUCCGCCAGGUGACCAGCACGGACACCAAGCCCACCUGCCUGGCGGAAUUCCGGGAUAUCAAAUCCAUCCGGUGCUCCACCACAGAGGACGGGCAGGCCCUGCUGCAGCUGGGGCUGAGCGGGACCCCCCAGUCGCUGUCGAUCCGGACGUCGUCGCUGGCCGAGGCGGAGAACAUGGCCGACCUCAUCGACGGGUACUGCCGGCUCCAGGGGGGCACCGAGACGUCGCUCAUCGCCUUCCCCAGGAAAGACCGUGAGAAGAGGAUCAGCCUCCCGCAGAUCCCGGCCCCGAAUCUCGGCGAGAGGUUCUCCACGCUGUCCCACAGCGUCAGCGGCGAUUCGGAAAUCUACGCGGAAAUCCUGGACGAGUCCUCGCGGCCGAGAUCUGGAAUCCAGCACUUCGGGAUCAGCCGCGACGCCGUCACGCUGGGCCGGAUCCUGGGCGAAGGCUUCUUCGGAGAGGUCUACGAGGGCACCUACACCACCCCGAAGGGGGAGAAGAUCGAGGUGGCCGUGAAGACCUGCAAGAAGGACUGCAGCCCCGAGAACCGCGAGAAGUUCCUCAGCGAAGCCGUGCUGAUGAAGAAGCUGGACCACCCGCACAUCGUGAAGCUCAUCGGCAUCGCCGAGGAUGAGCCCACCUGGAUCAUCAUGGAGCUCUACCCCUACGGAGAGCUGGGUCGGUACCUGGAGCAGAACCGGGCGGUUCUGGCCGUGCCCACGCUGGUGCUGUUCGCGCUGCAGCUCUGCAAGGCCCUGGCCUACCUGGAGGCCCUCAGCUGCGUCCACAGGGACAUCGCCGUGCGGAACAUCCUGGUGGCCUCCCCGGAGUGCGUCAAGCUCGGCGACUUCGGCCUCUCGCGCUACAUCGAGGAUGAGGAGUACUACAAAGCCUCCAUCUCCCGCCUCCCCAUCAAGUGGAUGGCGCCGGAGUCCAUCAACUUCCGGCGCUUCACCACGGCCAGCGACGUCUGGAUGUUCGCCGUGUGCGUGUGGGAGAUGCUGAGCUUCGGCAAGCAGCCGUUCUUCUGGCUGGAGAACAAGGACGUGAUCGCCGUGCUGGAGCGGGGCGACCGCCUGCCCAAGCCCGAGCCGUGCCCGCCCGUGCUCUACACGCUGCUGACGCGCUGCUGGGACUACGACCCCGCCGAGCGGCCGCGCUUCCAGGAGCUCGUCUGCAGCCUCAGCGACAUCUACCUGAUGGAGAAGGAGCUGGCCCAGGAGCAGGAGCGCAGCGGCCGCCACCGCCCCCCCCGGAUCCUGGAGCCGCCGUUCCCGGAGCCGCCGCCCAAGCCCAGCAGGCCCGCGCACAAGGCGCCGCCCCAGAAUAAUCUCCUGGCGCCCAGGCUGCAGUUCCAGCUCCCCGAGGGUCUGUGUGCCAGCUCUCCGUCCCUGGCCAGCCCCGCCGAGGUGCCGAGCGCGGCGCUGCCGUCCCGGCGCACGCCGCCCCCCGCCCGCCACGGCGCCUUCCAGCGGCACAGCGUCAGGCAUGCGGAGGAAUUCCCGAGCCUCAGAAAUCACUCAGAGAUCGUCCCCCCGGUGGGGAUCCUCCAUGCCGAGGAAUUCCUGAGCCUCCAAAAUCACUCGGGGAUCGUCCCCCCUUUGGGGAUCCUGCAUGCGGAGGAAUCCCCGAUCCUCCAAAAUCGCUCAGAGAUCAUCCCCCGGUGGGAAUCCUGCAUGCGGAGGAAUCCCCGGGCCUCCAAAAUCCUUCACAAAUUCUCCCGGUGGGAUUUGGUGGCUGGAGGAGGAAUUCCCGAGCCUCGAAAAUCCCUCAGAGAUCGUCCCCCAGUGGGGAUCCUCCAUGCUGAGCAAUUCCCGGGCCUCGAAAAUCGCUCGGAGAUCAUUCCCCGAGCAAUUCCUGAGCCUCCAAAAUCGCUCGGGGAUCGUCCCCCCUUUGGGGAUCCUGCAUGCGGAGGAAUUCCUGAGCCUCCAAAAUCACUCAGGGAUUGUCCCCCGGCAUGCCAAGCAAUUCCCGAGCCUCGAAAAUCGCUCGGAGAUCAUUCCCCGGUGGGGAUCCUCCAUGCCGAGAAAUUCCUGGGCCUCCAAAAUCACUCAGAGAUUGUCUCCUGGUGGGAUCCUCCAUGCCGAGCAAUUCCCGAGCCUCGAAAAUCCUUCGCAAAUUCUCCCGGUGGGAUUUGGUGGCUGGAGGAGCAAUUCCCGAGCCUCCAAAAUCACUCGGAGACCGUCCCCCGGCAUGCGGAGGAAUUCUUGAGCCUCGAAAACCGCUCGGAGAUCGUCCCCCGGUGGGAUCCUCCAUACCGAGCAAUUCCGAGCCUCGAAAAUUGCUCGGAGAUCAUUCCCUGA